AUGCGGAGAAAGUCAGUUGGUCAUAGACCGUCGAGAGGACUUCCGUCUGUUGCCAUGGAUUCUGAUUCGCAAUCUGUGGAUAAAAGUGUGGAUGAAACAAUGUCGCAAGAAACUUUUAUUGCUGGUGUUCUGAGGAAUGAAGAUUCUGAAUCUAUUCAGAAUGAACCGUCUGUUACAAUUGAUUCUGAAUUAGUUGAUUCCGUUUUAAAGAGUCAAGGUGAAGUGUUGGAAAAAGCUACAUCUGGUGUUGGAGAAAUGAAUGUAGCUGAUGCAAUAGAGCAGCGUAGUUCAGUGGAAAAUUUUAAGGAUGUAUCUGAAAAGGAGGAUUUAGUGCCUAAAGGAAAUAAACCUAAAGUCGUUCGUGCUUUUGAGCGUCGAAGAAAGAGAGAUGCUGUGGUUGAUUCAAACCUUUUAAAGUCAGAAACUGUUGAAACUGAAGUUGCAACUGCUGUUCCAAAGUUAGCGAAGCAGCCUGUCCGUUCUUCUAAGCGUGUUAAGAGUAGUCCGAGUGUUGGUACUGAUUCGAUUGCUGUCGAACUUGCGAAAUUAAAGGCAUCGUAUACCGUGAAAAAAGCAGUGAAUCAAGUUUCUUCUGAAACUACUAACAGUCCAAGCCAUGCUGUUAAACCUAACUCUCCUGAGAAAACUUUGAAGAAAAAGACCGGUGUUAAAAGAAAAGUUUCUUUUGAAUCUACUGAUUUGGAUAGUGCUGCUGACAAUGUAGACAAUGUUGAUAAGCAACCUGUUGUUCAGAAAAAAAUCACUAUUCCAACUUCUAUUUUGAAAAAAAGAAUUCCUCUUCAAAAGUCUGAAUCUGAAGAUGUUUCUGUUAAUAAGUUAGUGAAGGCUGUGAAUAGAAGAUCAAGUUCUGGUGUUUUGAAUAAAAAAACUUCUUCUGAAAUUGUUGAUACUAAAGAAGAACAAGCUGAUGAGUGCUAUAAGCCUGUGAAGAAUAAGUCUCCUUCUUCUGCUGUUAAGAAAAAAGCUUCUCUUCAGUCACCUAAAUCUGAAGUAGUUAUUGGUGAUCCCAGUCAGAUGUGGUCUCCCCGAUGGAAUCAUACUCAAUAUUCUUCUACAAGGGUUGAUCACUGUAUGAAGCAGAAAGUUGUGGAUAAUUUGAAAAGGAAUUUGUCUGAGGAGCAACUUAAACUGUUUAAGGAGACUUCUUUUGGUUUUGUUUUGGAUUUGCCUGCUUUUAGUUUGCAUGGUCAAGUGAUACACUCUCUCCUGUCAAGACAGCUUAAUCAUCCGCAACGAGACGAACUUUGGAUUGGUGUUAACAAUUUAAGAAUUAGAUUCAGCAUAGAGGAAUUUGCUGUGCUAACUGGUCUGAAUUGUGUUGGGGAAAUUCAGAAGAUUGUUGAUGUUGAUAAGACUAAUUCUUUGGUCGAGAAGUAUUUUGUUGGCGUAUCCAAGUUGAACAGACAGUCCGUUACAGAGUGCUUUUUGUCUAAGCGAUGGGAGUCGGACGAAGAUGCUGUUAAAAUUGCUUUUUUAUAUGUGUUAGAAAUAUAUUUUCUGUCUGCUGUUGAUGUUACUUUGGUGGAGCGGCACCAUUUAGACAUUAUUGAUUCCGGGGACUAUAACUCAUACCCGUGGGGUAAAGAAGUUUUUGCUGUCACUCUUAGGUCGUUUAAGAGCAAACAUAUUUGCCAAAAGCAAGAAUAUGGUUAUUACAGAGUGGUUGGCUUUCCUAUUGUCCUGCAAUAUCUGUUUUAUGAGUGCUUCCCGACUUCAGAUGGUGUUAUUUCUACGAAGCUUGGCAGCUAUAUUCCAAGAUGCUUGAACUGGAGUGUUGGCAAAUCUGUGAAUUUGAGUGUGUUGGACACUGAGUUUUUCAGUUUAGGGUCCAAGCUGGAGUAUACAAGGAUUAUACCUACCACUGAUGAAAGGAAUAGCUUAAUGUUGGAUGGCUUUUUUGGAAUACAGAAGAAGCAAGCUGCUUCUGAUAGAAGACAAAGUGUUGAUGCUGUAGCUGAUGAUUUAAUUGACACAAAUGCUGUAAAUCCUAGUCAAUCAACAGGAAAUCAACAUAAUCUUAACACUGUUUUUGAGAAGCAUGAGAGUGAUAAAGAGCGUCGAAAGGACGAUAAUGAAGUCUUACCGCAUAGAGUUGAUGGUAAAGAUAAUGGUGAUAAAGAAAAGCAAGAAGUGUCUGAUAAAUCUGCGUUUGUUGAUAAUCAGAUAUCAAUGGAGGAUUCAGAUGUCGUUUUUACUGAUUCUGAAUUGGCUAGACUUGACGAGCAACUUGUUUCUAUAUAUAGUACUCGUGAGGCUGAUGCAUUGUUAUCAAGUCAAGCAGCUUCUCAACCUGUUGUGAAUGUAGCUUCAUUUGAAGAUUAUCCGUGCCCUUUUAUGGAUAAUGAGUAUAGCUUGCUAGAUGCUUAUAAAGAUUGUGAAAUCUUUAAUUGGGUUGAACAAGGAUUUAAUAAGAAGCUUCGAAUUUUUACCGGUAGAUAUGGUGUAAUUGAUCCUCCUUUUAAGUUUGCUGGCGAACUACAAGCGAAGAAGAAAUGGCUGCAUACAUUAAAUUUUGUGGGCUGUGAACUCUCUACAUCUCAUGUUGAUACUGUCUUCCACUAUUUGAGAAAGAAGAGUGUAUUGUUGAAUAUCCGGAAGCCAAAUUUUACAACUGCAGACUCUAGUUUUGGUCAGAUUUUGGAGGCAGAAUAUCGAUCUUUUCUUGCUGCCGGUUCGAAGGCUAUUGAAAUUAACGCCAGUAAUACGAUUCUUGAAUAUUACGUGGGUCAAGGGUGUGGAUACUCAAAGCCAUGGACUGAAAUCGAUGAUCUUCUCAUUCCUAUCAUUGUUACAGAUCCAAAUCAUUGGAUUCUGGCGCGUGUUAACUUUGAAGAUUGUAAGGUUUAUGUUUACAAUUCGAUGAAGAGUCCGACGAUGGAUGCCAUUGUUCACAAUUAUAUGCAAGCUUACAUCCAUUAUCUUCCCAAAUUUCUGAAGAACAUGGACUUUUAUUCAACGAGGACUAGUUCUAGUUCAUUUGCUCUUACUUCAAGUUUGGACAGCAGAUACGAGUCAUUUUCAUAUGAAAAUGUUCCCUAUAUGCCAGUUCAAAGUGACAGCGAUUGUGGUGCGUUUGUCUGUUUAUUUGCGGAGCAUUUCAUAAGUUCUAAGAGAAUUCCUUCUACAUUUUCAUUAAUGGAAAUGGAAACGUACCGUAAUAGGCUUGUUCAAAGCUUGAUUAAGUAUGGGAGGUGGAAGCAAAGUGUGAAUCUUAAUGUUGAUGUUAUUACUUGA